GAGAACUAUGCAACCAAAUAGAGGUCUGCGCUCAAGAUAAUAAAUAUUAGAAUAAAAGGAGCGCUUUUAUUUCCCAUAUGACAAAAUGUCCGUGGCGUUUUCAUCGGCGCGCCCCAGGAGUAAAGGGGAGGUGACACAGCAAACCAUUCAAAAGAUGCUGGAUGAAAAUCACCAUUUAAUACAGUGUAUUAUGGAUUACCAAAGCAAAGGCAAGGCAGCAGAAUGCACACAGUAUCAGCAGAUUCUGCACAGGAAUCUUGUUUACUUGGCCACAAUAGCAGAUUCAAAUCAAAAUAUGCAGUCUCUACUACCUGCGCCUCCAACUCCCAAUACGUCCAUGAGCCAGAGUGGGGGACAUGCUCCGAGCAACCUCAAUGACAACAUGGCACCAGGGCUGCCCCCCACAUCCAUGAUACAGAGCCAAAUGACCAAUGGCCCCAGCCAUGUCCCCAUGCACCCACAGACUGCUCAGGUGCAGCCGGCUGCGCCCCCCACCAGCAGCUAUGGUAGCCUGGUCUCCGCCUACAACCACGCUGCUCCCUCCUCCCAGGGCAGCAUGAACCACGGCCAUGGGCCUGCUUAUGGCUCUUCCUCCUCUUCUUCUGCCACAUGCUCAUCCUCCUCCUCCUCCUCCUCCUCCUCCUCCUCCCGCAACAACCUCAACAUGCAGUCCAGCCAAGCCUCCAUGAUGCACCAACAAUCCGCCAACCCACUCUACUCCUCAGCCCAGGCUGGGAGCCAACAUUAUCAGGGACAGCAGGCAAUGGGCAUGAUGGGUCAGGGCAGUCAAGGAAACAGCAUGAUGUCUCAGAGGCCAUUGGGAUCUUACCGCUCCUCUCAGCAAGGAUCUUCACAGCAGUACAUGGGACAAGACGAGUUCUACGGAGAGCAGUAUGGACACACUCAGAGCUCCAUCGAGCCCAUAAACCAGCAGUAUUACCCUGAUGGACAUGGGGAAUACUCAUAUCAACAGCCAUCAUAUGGUGAACAGGGUUAUGAAAGGUCAUUUGAUGAGUCCUCACAACAUUAUUAUGAAGCAGGAAACGGUCAGUACAGUCAGCAGCAGCCGCCGUACCAGCAGAGCUCUGGACAGCAGCAGCCGCAGCAGCAGCCCUUCAGCCAGCAGCAGUAUUCUUCUCAGGGCUUCAGUGGGCAGCCACAGGGAUACGUCCCUAGCCAGGGAGGAUCAACUCAGUAUUCCCAGUAUCAGCAGGGUUCGAGCCAACAGUAUGGUUCCUAUCGUUCUUCCCAGGGAGAUCCUGGACGACAAGUGCAGCGGCCCUACGCCUAUGAACAGGGCCAGUACGGAAAUUAUCAACAAUGA